CCUGGCCGCUGCCGGCCAAGGGCGGAGAGCUGGCUGCAGUGGACCAGUUUAAUUGCACCCGGAGCGACACCACCCCCAGCCUUCCAAGGGCGCCCAUGACAGGAAGAUGGUGAGCCAGGGAAGACUUGUCAAUGGAAUUCCUUUAGAGUCCGGGGCAAGAAAAAUCUUGCCAACCCCUGCAGAGUCACACAGAAAUGUCUUCUCAUAAAGUUGAGAUAAGCAAGGAAAAAGGAAAGAGUCAUUAGAAGCUGAAGCAUAAUUAACUCAACCAGGAUCAUACAGCUAGUAUGUGGUGAAGCUAAGAAUCAAACCUGGAACUCGGACUUCUGAACGCUGUAUUUCUAUGGAGAUCAACUAUCAAAGUAAUUUCAAACUCAAUAAAACUGAGAAGAAGUUCUUAAGGAAACAAAUUAAAGCCAGGCAUACUUUGCUGAGACAUGAAGGUAUUGAGGCAGUAUCUUAUGCUACUCAGAGCCUGGUUGUUGCCAAUGGUGGUUUGGGUAAUGGCAUGAGUAGAAAGCAACUGCUCCCGGUUUUAGAGAAAUGUGGACUUGUGGAAGCUCUCUUAAUGCCACCUAAUAAGCCCUAUUCCUUUGUAAGAUACAAAACCACAGAAGAAUCCAGGAAUGCUUAUGCUUCCCUCAAUGGAAAAGAAAUAGUGGAUGAUUUAGGACAAAAGGUCAUUCUGUACUUGAAUUUUGUAGAAAGAGCUCAAUGGAAGGAGCUGGGGCAUCAAGCCCUACCUCCAGGUCUCACAGUAGUAGAAGAAAUUAUUUCUUCUGAGGAUGAGAAAAUGCUUUUGGAAAGUAUUAAUUGGACAGAAGAUCUAGACAAUCAAAAUUUUCAAAAAUCUUUAAAACACAGACGAGUAAAGCAUUUUGGUUAUGAAUUCCACUAUGAGAACAACAAUGUAGAUAAAGAUAAGCCAUUACCCGAGGGUCUUCCUGAUAUUUGCGAUAGCUUUCUGGAGAAAUGGUUGGCAGAAGGUUAUAUUAAAUGUAGACCUGAUCAGUUGACCAUAAAUCAGUAUGAACCUGGGCAAGGAAUUCCUGCUCAUAUUGACACACAUUCUGCUUUUGAGGAUGAGAUCAUUUCUCUCAGUUUGGGGUCAGAGGUUGUUAUGGAUUUUAAGCACCCAGAUGGUAUUACAGUACAAGUUAUGUUGCCUCGUCGGAGUUUGCUAGUCAUGACAGGAGAAUCUAGAUAUCUUUGGACCCAUGGAAUCACACCCAGAAAAUUUGAUACUGUUCAAGCAUCUGAGGAUUACAAAAGUGGGAUUAUCACCAGUGACAUUGGAGAUUUAACUUUAAGGAAAAGGGGAAUACGAACAUCAUUUACAUUUAGGAAAGUGAGGCACAUGCCUUGUACCUGUAAUUACUCUUUGGUCUGUAACAGCCAGAGGAAAGAGACUCCUCCCUCAUUUCCAGAGAGUGAUAAAGAAGCAUCACAGCUGGAGCAAGAAUAUGUUCAUCAAGUUUAUGAGGAGAUUGCUGGACACUUCAGCAGCACGAGACAUACUCCUUGGCCACACAUUGUGGCAUUUUUGAAGGCUUUGCCAGAUGGUUCGAUAGUGGCUGAUAUUGGAUGUGGAAAUGGAAAGUAUCUUGGCAUCAAUAAGGAGUUUUAUAUGAUUGGUUGUGAUCGUAGCAAAAACCUUGUGGACAUUUGUAGAGAGAGGCAAUUCCAAGCCUUUGUCUGUGAUGCAUUGGCAGUUCCAGUUCGCAGUGGGUCUUGUGAUGCCUGCAUCUCCAUUGCUGUUAUUCACCAUUUUGCAACAGCGGAGCGUAGAGUGGCAGCUCUCCGAGAAAUUGUUCGACUCUUAAGACCUGGUGGAAAGGCACUCAUUUAUGUCUGGGCAAUGGAACAAGAGCAUAAUAAUCAGAAGUCCAAGUAUCUUAGAGAAAACAGAAUUAGCCAGGAGAAGAAAGAGGAGAUAAAGUGUGAUAAAUCCACACAAGGAUUGCUUGAGCAGAAAUCUGACAUUGGCAGUCAAAACUCAGCAUCUUCUGUCCUCUCCAUUGAUUACAUUCAGGAGAAAGAAUCCAGUUCAAAGACAGUUACUAAUUCUGAGCUGCCUAUUCAUACUAACAGGACUUCUUUUCAUUCUCAAGAUGUACUAGUUCCCUGGCAUCUUAAGACAAAGACUGGUAAAAACAAACCUGUUGAGCCCUUUGGUUCUGUAGGAUCCUGUGACCCAAGUCCUGUGUUUCAUCGGUACUACCAUGUGUUCCGUGAUGGAGAAUUGGAAGCUACCUGCCAGACUUUGAGCAAUGUCAUCAUUCUGCAAAGCUACUAUGAUCAGGGAAACUGGUGUAUUAUUCUUCAAAAGGCAUGGGUCUGCUAUGGUGCUACUUGGAGCUGAUCUUCCCGAUAAUAUAUCUGCAGAUAAACCCAGCAAUUAUUUUGAGCUCAGAUAUGCCAUGGACUAUUGGGCAGCAGGAUGUGCAGUCAGUGCAUGAAAAUAGAAAACUGGAAUGCAAGGCAAGGAUUGUGAUCAUAAAUUCCUUCAGGGACCAUUAGAGCGAGACAAAAACACAUUCAGGGAUUCCAAAUCAUUGUAAGCAAUGGAAAGGGAGGUGAUUGAUGCCACUUUAUUUUCAGUAAAUCCCUAAAAAUGAACUGAUUUCCCAAGAAGAACCAGGCAUGCAUGAGCAUAACCUUCAAAUACCCUUUAUAGAAACAAGGGGGAAAUACAUGAUGAUGAAAAAAGAGAGUUAAGAGCUUUAUUGCUGCCUUACCUUCUGACAUAGCUCUAUUUACAGUUCCCCCAAAACUUAAGAAAUAUGUGUGAAGAGGGGAAAAACAGGAUGUUUUAUCAGACCAGAAAGUUUCAUUGUCUUCACUUUUGCAAAAGCAACUACAGUUGGGAGAAAGCAUCUAAUUCAUUUUUUUAAGAACGUCUACUCUGGCUUUUUUAGUUUCCAGCAAGGAAAAUCAGUCAUUUAAGGAAAUGAAAGCCCUUAAAAGCUGUUUUAAAGGAACAACAUGAAAGCUAAGAGAUUUCUGUCAAGUUAAGCCUGUGGUCCAUGAAUACACUUCCAAGGGUUUUUGAAAUGACCUGCAGUUAUAUGCAAAACUUUCUAUGUCGUUGCAUGUGUACAUCUUCUUUGCAAGAGGGUCCAUAUAUUUGUCAGCUUUCCACAAAAGUUUAGAUCCAGGUGUGAUCUUCUCUUGCUUAUGCUCAUGUGAUUUAAAGACAGCCUGAGUCUAAGCACAGGAUGUAAAGGUGCUGCCUGGAUUUUUGCAGUAUAUAAGCUUCCAAAUGUGACCAGCAUGUGUGUGUGAAGGGGUGGUAUAUCUCGGUGAUUAUUAUCUGGGAGCAGUCCCUAACCCAGCCCUUUAGAUCCUACAUGGAGAAAGGAUUAUAAGUACAAACUCAAAGAGUAUGUGGUGUAUUUAAGUUUUAUCUGUAAUUAUUAACCUUGGACAGGGAUAGGAAACAUAAGGUAAGUGUUAACCAGGAUACUGUGGAUCUUCCUUCACGAACCUUCCUUUUCUUUUUUCUUGAUAAUAAAUAUAAGAAUCCAUACUUAUAAAUGUCCCUGUUAAGUAUAAAGUAGUGAAACAUCUACACUUUGAGGCAGACCAGAGGAAACAGUAGUUUAAAAAAAUUUCACAGAUUUGUCACUGGUUACUAGAGUGUAUAGAUAUAAGAUUGUUAGUAUCUCUUGUACUGACCUGUUGUACUACCGUGGUGGCAGAGGAAUUGUAUGCCAGUUGCUUUAGGCUUGGGCUUGUACCUAACUGUAUAGCCAGGGCAAUGGAAUUCUUUGAAUGGCUUCAAUCUAUCAGACUCUUGUGUACCUUUGAAUAUCAUAAGUCUCACACAAACUAUGAGAAAAUUGGGAAAUUUGGGAAUUGAAAAUUCCCAAAGGAUAUUUGGGUUAUACUAACCAGAAUGUCAGCUGGGCUACCAUAAGCAAGGAAUUUUAUAUUGCUCUAAAUCUGCUCUAGAAAAAAAGGAUACAAAUGAAUUCACACUAUACAGGCUUGCAACAUUGACACAUUAUAGAUUUCUGGUAAAGCAGAAAUGACGCGGCAACAUCAUUUGGCCAGGAUCAUUAUACCCACAAGAGUAAUAGUGAUGUCUACACUGAUAGGAGGAACAAUAGGAACUACUUUGGUUGAAAGCAGCAGCUAGAAAGACUUCAGUGCCCAGUGAUGACAGCAGGAGUAAAGAUGAUAGCAGUGUUCCCCCCAAGGAGAUCUCAAACUUGUGAGGAGACCUCAAUAUCCUUAAAGAGCUUUGUGGUCACUCCUCUUUAAAUCUAGCUGAAACUGAUGCCAACAAACUUUAAAUGGCAUUGGGGAUAAUUGGGUCCCCAGGUGGCAAGGGCUAAUUGAUGGCAUUUAAUCACCAAAAAGUAAGUUGAGUUAUCACAGUGGAUAGUGGAAUUAACUGACUCCCAGAGACCUGUGGCAUUUGUCUAGUUCACUAUGGUAUUCCUAAAAAGAAACAGAAAAGAAUCUACUAAAUUCUUGAUAUGUACAAGUAGAAACAUUCUUAGAUUCAAGUCUUAGCUUGAAUCACCAAAACAGAGUUACAGUCCAUAGAUCAAUUCCCAUAAUUGAGGCAGUUUAUAGACCCUGAACCCUUUGAAUGAAUGAUAGCUUGGGUCCUUUUGAGAGGUACCUUACUACAUUGUCAAAAACUUUAUCCUGUUAAUAUUUCUCCCAAAUAUCUGUAAAGUGACCUAUGAGCUUUAGCCAGGGUGACUGUGCGUUGGAGAAAAGGAAAUCAUCAGCCUUUGUUAGACUACUGGACAUUGAUCCUAAUUCCAAGAAACUCAAAAUGUCACAAGAGUAGAGUUUUGGGGCAACCCAUUCGAGACCCCUCCUGUCUCUCAGGAGCUAUUCUUAUUCCCCACUACUAUUCCCCAAUACAUUUUCCUACUCAACAAAAAAACUCAAGAAGAGUAGAGUUUUGUAGAGUUUACGUGGUCAGUGGACUUGUAGUACAUGUCCAUCUCACAGUGGGACUAGUAGAUUCUCAAAACCAUAAGUGUGGUUAUCUCCUUAUCGCCUCAGUUCCAGAAUGAAUAAUUGGAGCAGACACACUCAGCAAUUGGUUCCCUGACCUGUGGAGUGUGGACUGUUACACAAAAGGCCAAGCAGAAGCAUGAAAUACCUGCCUAGUAAAGUAGUUAGAUAGCAAGCCCAUACUCCUUGAGAGAUUGCAGAGAUUAGUGCCACCUUCAAAGAUCAGAAGUGCAUGUUCUUAAAGGAGGGAGGAAUGGUGAGUCCCACCAUAUUCCAUUUCAAUUCAUCUUUUUGGCCAGUAUGGAAUACAUAUGAAUCUUGGAGAUGACAGUGGAUUACUAGAAACUUAACCACGUGGUUACUCCAAGUGCAGCUGCUGUUUCAGAUGUGCUUUUAUUAUUUGAGAAAAUUAACAUCCUCCCUUGUUACCUGCUUUGCAACUAAAUUAACUACCAAAAUAUAUUUACAACUUGUUUUGCUUUAUCUUAGAUUAUGUUAACUAAAUGUUGUAUUAUUUGAGUAGUUUAAAAGUUAAUUAUUAGUUCUUUUAGUAAUAGGGAGCAAGGCAGGUUUUGGAUCCUUGAUCUGCACAAAGCACGGAUCUUUAAUAAAUCUGAAAUUGUGAUUUAUUUAGCAAUAAUGAUAGCUCCUCAAGGCCUCACAGAAGGCACACCCUCAUGACCAGUUAUUCAGAUGUCUUCCCAGUCCUCUUCAGCUUUUAUUGAUUAUUUUCUGCCCCAUACCACAUACAGUCUGGUCCUCAAAAUUUAGGACCAUGAAUUGAUUCUGUCUUGUGCUGUUCACAAUCGCUUCACAUAUGUAGGUCACCGAGUCCCUCUGACUACUAUUCCUGAAUAUUUCAUGUAUUAAUCCCCACCCUCUGCUUCAAGCCUCACCUCUCUGUGAUUUUCUAUACACUGCCAAAGUAAGUUUUAUAAAAUCUAAAGAACUCUCUCAUUAACUGAACAGCGUGACUUCUAAUUCUUAACAGUGAAAUUCAAAAUCCUGUAAAUAUGAACUUUUCAUUAAAGAAUAUGGAAUGUGAAAUAAAAUAGUCAGUUGGUGUUUAAGAAACAGAGAGCCUAUACUCUUAAAUUCAGUUUAAACUAGACACAAAGGCUUGGUUGGUAUACAGUGCUCUGUCCUCUUUAUACAUAAUGCUACACAGGGAAGUAAAGACUCCCGUAACAAAUGAAAAUUCUAUAUGCCUCCAGUUAUAGAACAACUUUCUUUAUAUAUCCUGCUUGGGAAAUAAAUAGACCCAAGAAGUCUUCUUGGAUUACACUAAGUUCAUACUUUCAAGUCAGGAUAUUGUCUACAUAUGACCUAUCAGAGUUUAUGUUAAAUGGAAGUUUCUAUCCUGGGUGGCACUAAAAUGAUACUUUUAGACUUUCAAGGUUGUGAAAUUUUAUUUUAAAUACUUAAGCAGUGUCCUAUAGAAGCAGGCCAUCCUUUUCUAACCUAAGCAGAGAUUUUCUUUCCAGGUGGCCUUAGAACAUUGUCGUAGUCAACUAAAUAAAAUGCCAGCAGAGUCUCUCAUGAGAGAAAUUUGGUUUGAAAAUUCUGAACCAAAUGAGUUCCUCCAAAGUCCUUCUGAAAUGAAAAAGGCUGUAAGUAACCUCUGUGCUUCCAGGAGAGAAGUACAAAGCCAGCACACCUGUCUCAAUUGAAAGAGAGGAAGACUGCACUGACCAUUGAACAGACGUCUGCUCAGCCCAGUCUGCUGGUCUGGAAACCAACAGAUGGGGUUUUAAAAAAGCAACUUUCACAGUUGCAGAGAAAAUGCUCUUGGGCAUGAGGGCAGUGAUACAUACUCACCAAAAAGAUUUUUCCUCUCUAUUAAUUUUUAUUGUUGAAUUAUCAUUUUACAAGAGUAAAAUGGCCCUUUGGAGGUUUUCCUACAAUCUCCAUGUGGUGCAUAAUCAUUUAGAGGAGUAUUUUUCAAAAUGUGACCCCUUUACCACCCACAUAAGAACUACUUGGCAAUGCCUAAAGAAAGUUAGGUUCCUAGGCCUGUGAGCUGGAAUCUCUGAGGCUGGAACCCCAGAGUGCAUUUGUCAAGCUCCCUAGGUUUGUGUGUGCUAAUGGUGAAAAAGGAAUUAAUUCUGUUUUAAAUAUUUCCCACAAUAGAAUUAUAGGGACCAGGAGACCUACCUAUUGUGUAAUUUACCAAUUGUGUGAGCCUUAGAAAAAACUCACAUAUACUCUCUGAACCAAUAUUUCCUCAUGUAUAAUUUAGGAUAAUAAAGCCUCCAUUAUACAAUGAAUAAAAAGGAUGAAGAAGAGGCUUAUGGAAGAACUUAGGAAACUGCAAAGAUCUAAUUAAAUGAUAAUAGACUGCUGUAACAAUAACAUUAUGUAAGUGGGACAACUUGGUGAAUUUAAAGGAAGGCUGUGAUAAUACUGCAUUUGGUUAGGGGAAUCAGAGAAGACUUUAUAGGAAAGGCAUUUUGGCUGGGUCUGGAAGAAUGAAAGAUUUCAAUAGAUAUAAAUGGUUAGAGAAUUAUGAAGAGGUAAAAGCAAAGUCUGGUUUGACUAGAACAAUGGUUCUCUACCUUGUUGCACAUCAGGAUCACCUGGGGAGUCUUUCAAAAUAUAGAUGUUGGUAGCUGGACAUGGCAAACCCAGCACUUGGAAGGGUGAGGCAGGAGGAUCGCCAAGAGGUUGAGGCUAACAUGGACUAAUAGUGACUUCUGGGCCAGCCUGGACUGCAUAGCGAGACUCUGUCUCAGAAAAUCAAAACAAAAAUAGAUGUUGAGCCAGAUACAAACAGUUUAAAGAAACAAUUCAAGAAGAGUGAUCUGAUGGUGUAUACCGAAUGGAUUGGGGUAGUAGCAGAUGAAAGUGCCUAUUACUCUGAUUUGAUCAUUACACACUGUGUACAUGUACAAAUAUGUCUCAACAUAAAAACAGAAAAAAGAAAGCAUGGAUAGUAAUAUUGAUGUUGAAAUCAGACUAUCUCAUAUUCUUACAUAACUUAACCUGUUUGAGCCUUUCUUGCCGGACACAUCUGUAAAAUGAGAAUAAUUACAAUACCUUCCUUAUAGGGUUGUUGGAAAGAUUAAGAGUUAAAUUGCUUGGUUUGAAUAACACAUUCACUGAAUGUGAGUUUUUCUUCUCUCCCUCUUGUUCCUUAUAUUGUUCUCUUUUCUUCCCUCUUUCUAAUAAGUUGUCAUUUAAUAAAUAUACCCUCUCAUUUUUCAAUUUCUUCUUAUGGUUGUUUUCCUGUUAGUGUUUGGUCAGCCUAACCAUCCACAUACUCAAUGUCUCAUUCCUAAUUAUACCCGACUUCCACCCUAAUCCUACCAAUGAUCUUAUUACCUGAUGUCUGAAGUAGUCAAAAUGACACUCUUCAACAGAUGCAUGCAUUUUUAAUCAUAGCAAGCCUCUAAUCUACCUAACCUAAGGCCGGCCCCCGCAACCAAACAGGUGACUGUGAUGUCUCCUCCUAUAAUCAUAAAGAAAAUCCUCAGGAAAAGCAGAUUCAUUUUAAUAAAAUUACAAGUACAGCAUAACAAGUAAAGUAAAUCUGCUGCAGAGGUACGGGGGCUCAUUAUGUUACAAGCAUAUGUGAUACAGGACAAUGUUGUAUAGAAAUAUGUCACUUAAUGUACAAUGAACUUUACAUGUGAGAAAAAAUAGAUAUAUAUAUAGUGUUCCAUUCCCUUUCCUCUUUGAUUACAGGAUUAAAAAUCUGCCAGUUGUAGGUGCAGCCAACCCAGGUACUGGACCAGUUGAAGACUCAUCAGGGCAAACAAUGGGAUUUUUAAACCACUGAGAUAGGUGGGAUCAGUUGGCUCCAAGCCACAUACUAAUCCAGUAGAAAGAGCCCAAACAACACUAGUAAGUCACCAAGAUCAAGGAAGUUUAGCCAGUUCUUUUCUGAUUAGGGCAGAGGUCAUGUCAAGGGUCAUUGUUAGUAUUCUGACAGUGAUCAGAAUCAUAUACAUCAGGAGAGCCACUCAGUGUAAUGUGAGAGAUAACAAAAGUGGGGUCCAAGCCCAGAGAGAGGAAAAGGAAAGCCCAGAACCCUCCUUUAACUGACCUGAGGUUCUGGACCAGAUUCUAGUUCUAUAAUCCAGCCCCAGUUUUACCCCAAUCUCAUCAGACGGAUGAGGAUGUGAAAGAAAAGCAUUCUGUGAUCCAGAUUAGCACCCACAAAUACCAGAUACUGGGUCAAGAGUGUCAUUGAAUUUCCUAAUAUUUGAAGUAGUUCAAGUAUACUGCUAGCUUAGAUUUUAAGUAUUGGGGCCAGGAAUGUAGCUCAGCCAUGCAGCAUCUGCCUGGCAAGCUUGAGGCCCUGAGUUUGAUUCCCAGGACACACACACACACACACACACACAUUUUUUUAAAAUGUCACUAGAUUUUAAGUGUUGGGUGAGGUUGAACAUGUUGGGGUGAGGGGCAGACUUUUAGUGUUCACAGUAGCCAGAGGGAGAGGGAAUAUUUUCAAACUGAUUCUACCAAGAUAAUAGAGAAUAAUGAAAAUGUUCAGCAUGGUGACAUCUCUAACCUUAAAAAUCAAUAACAUUUAAAAUUCAGUUAAACACAUUAGUUGUUAUCUAAUGUGAACCAGAUGAGGCAAAGGUGAUGGAAAUGAGGACUUCCAAAUCUUUGUUACUGACUUUAACACGUUCAUGGUCAGAGAAGCCUCUUGGCCUUUCCUUGAACUUUACCUUCAAGUAAAGAUAGGCAACCUUAUGUUGAAAAAGAAUAAAGAUUGACUUAAUGUAAUGAGUUGCCACACGAUUUAUCAUCCAAUCUAGGAGGCUUUCAAAAUUUUAAGGGUGCUUGAUCUUCUUAACCAUCAGGUCAGCAGAUAUAAAUUAAAUUGUUCCAUGUGAAUGGAACAUAUGGUCAUUCUACACACAAAGUAUGUUUCAACUUUAAAGACAUGCAUACUAGUACAGUUGCAUGUUACUGUAAUAAUUACCAUUAAUUCAUGUAUGUUACUAUUUGUGUUGGGUUUCUUCAGCCUACAUGCAUUUAAGUGCAAUCUUGUAGAUUUUCAAGGUUUUUUCAAGAUUUUCUUGACUGUUUGAUGUUUAUCUUACUCACUGACAGAAUUUAACCUCUACAAAAUGUGGCCUCAUAUACAGAUAAGCAUUUUCAAACAAGUUCUCUUAUCUAGGCCCAUCAACAGUUAGGCCCAUCAAUCUGUUAAAACUGUUUUUAAAACUUUUGAUUUCUUGCAAGACUUAGCAUAAGUUCCAAAUAAAAGAAUUUUGGAAAAGAGUAUUUUUAAACUGUAAGUAGGUAAAUUCAAUUUCUUUCCUUUUGAAAAAAAGGUGUUUUCCGUGUUCAUUCUGUCCUGAACAUAGAUUUGGUCAAGAUAGAGCAAAAGGUAGUGAAGUUUGAUAUUUAUUAAUAGUAGGAAAAGAACCAUGCUGUGCAGAGCAAGUUUGGGCCAAUUAAAAGUAGGAAAAGAAGUGCACUCUGCAGGGUGAGGGUGGACCACUGUGAGAGAUAACACAGAGGCAUUUAAAAUUUUUUGAUUGACACGUGUAAUUGUACAUAUUUAUGAGAUACAGUGUGAUAAUUUGAUACCUGUAUACAAUGUGUAAUGAUCAAAUUGGGGUAAUUAGCAUUUACAUCUCCUUAAACAUUUAUCAUUUCUUUUUUAUGGUUCGAAUAUGUUUGCCAUACAAAAUAAUUACAUUUAUUUUGGGGGAAUUGGUACAUAUAGAGAUCACAUCUUAAUCAUUUUUUGCUUCUCCUUCUCCCUGCUCUGCUCUCUUCCCCAGACCCUCUUCUUAUUUCCACAAAGUCUACCUCCCUGUUUCCUAUCAUCUUUUAUUUUUCUCUUUAUUUAUAUUUUGUGUUUCUCAUAUAAGAGAAACCAUGGGAUAUUUAUUCUUUUGUACAUGAUUCUGAAGAUUGACAAAGACAAAUAAUGAAAUAUUUAUCUUUGUCCUAUAUAGCUUGUUUUUCAGAGUACCAAGAAGUUGAUUAGGGAAACUUUUUUUUUUUUGGAUACAGGGUCUUGCUUUAUAGUGCAGAUUGGCCUUGAACUCACUAUGUAUCCCAGGCUGGCCUUGAAAUUAUGGAGAUCCUCCUGCCUCAGCCUCCCAAGAGCUGGGAUUACAAGCAUGCAACACCAUGCCUGGCUUGGGAAAGUUCUUUACAGAAUAACUCCAUCUAAGAAACACAGAGAGAGUGGUAGAAUUUGUAAACCACCAUUUUAUAAGCCCUAAAAAAAUGAUGGAUUUUGAUGAUUAUCAGUGGAUGCAAAGCUAUUAGGCUGAUGGGGACCCUGACAAUGGAUGAAUCCAUUUACCAAUUUUAACAUCGUUAUGGUUUAUAUCUAGAUGUCCCCCCAAAGCCUCAUGUGCUUACAGGUAGGACUUUGGGAGGUGACUGGAUUAUGAGAAUUAUCGCUGACUUGCUGUUAGGAUGUGGGGGUCUGAUCAGAAAAGGAAGGUCAAAACUGAGAGAAAUCCAGGUUAGAUUACUUUUAAACUCUAAAUCAUAUAUCUUAUUUAGUGCAUUUGUAAUUAUUUUGUUUUCAGGAUUAUGUGCCCUGCUUGUCUUUAGAUUGUGUAUUAGGUGAACGGCACACUAAAUAUAUGUGUGAUUCAUUAAAAAAAAAAAAAAAAGGAAGGUCACUGGGGUCAUGACCUGGAAGGGUUUGUCUCCCUCCCUGCCUCUGUCCUUCCUCUUUCUCUGCUUCCUGUCUGCCAUACCCCUCUGAUAUGCUGUCCUGCCUUGAAGACAGCCUACUACAGACUGGAAGAAUGGUACAAACUGCCAAAAUAAACCUUUUCUUUUUUAGUUUGGUGGGGUCAGAUAUUUGUCUCAGUGACAAGACAAGUGACUGUGAUAAUCAUGAAAAGUAGAACUACUAUAAAUAUGCAAGACAUGUAAUAGGAACUAGAGAAAAACAUUUUUGCAAACAAUAUUGAACUGAAAAAAUCCUGUCAAACCUCUCAGUCUACCAAUUUAUAGCUGAUAAGGGAUAAAGAUAUAUAGUAAAAUAAAAAUUUUAAAAAGGUGCAGUUGGCUAAAUCCAGAACAUUAGGAAUUUGAAAGAAAAGAGACCCAAUUCUUCAAUAAAUGGUAUGAAAAAUAAAAAAGGGUAAGUGAAAAUUGUUACUGAUAAAGAGACCUAAGUCUGUCUUCACUUUUUUUUUUUCCCUUUCUUUCCCUCCCUGAACAAUUCAGUGCUAAAGUCAUUUGGUAGGCUGAGCAAGGUUUGCAUCCAUGUAGGUGAGUGGUGAGAAGUGGUUCUGAGCAUAAACAGGGAAAUAAGGGUGCCUGUGUGGUGUGAGGGGCACCUGGAACACGGGUAUCAGAGCACAAGCAGGGUGAGAAGUGCAUCUGUUUGGGAGAGUGGUCCAGUUUAGGGUAUUGCAGCUUGAGUAGGGUAACCUAGGACAGGAUGUGAGGGCUGCAGUGGGGAAAGGAGGACUUUCAUGCAAAGGAGCAGGUAGUGAUGGCAACAGGAAGUUGGUUCCAUACUGGAUAAUUGAUCAAAUUAAUUAAAUACAGAAAUUAAGUUUAUUCCUUUUGGAGAAUGGAGUCACAAAUAUGGAAAAAAAUUAAGCCAGUGGUGUUCAGAAUGAGAUAUUGGUAUGAAUUUAUAGUUUUCAAUAGAUAGGUAAAUAUAGUUAUAUGUAUCUCUGUCAUUAUCUAUACCUGUAGUUCUCCCUAGUUCUGCCCAAUUGAGAGGACCUGGGCCUACAGUAAACAAUAACCAUCAAGAAAUCCCCCUAUCAUUUUAUGUUUCAAGAAUUGACUUUUGUUUCUGUGUUCUAGGAAACUGUCACAAAGCCUGCUCGUGGAAUCCUUCAAACCUGGUUUUUCUAGCCUUGUUUAUUCCUCCCAAAAAAA